UUCCUCCUGACGAACGUUUGUUUCGAGACGCGGGAAAACUUUCAAACAAGUACUUGUAUUUGAAGAUAAUACUUACUUAUGGACAUUUCCAUUUAGUUUAUUUGUAGCAGUAAUUCGAGUAAAUACAGCAAACAUCACCGUUUACACUUGCUAACUGGCUAACUCGUGUCCGUACAUGUAGCUUGGAGUAACUAGCGUGCCGCUCUGUAGGGCUCGAUCCCAAAUCUCUCCAUAAUCCCUCCAUUGGUUCACUUGAUACGCCACUCUACAGCAGUGGAUUGUACACUACGCGUAGUCCACUAGAUAUCCUAUCAGGACACAUUUCAGGUUUCUCUGCUUAUAGGCAGCGUGAAAGUGUUAUUUCCAGCAGAAUAUGGCGUCAUGUUUGCCUGCUGUCGCUGAGCAGCUGCUGAAAGACCUUCAGAAGACAUAUUCAGAGAAAUCCCAGAUCCCUGAUGAGCUCCUUAUAGCGCUGAGGUUUAUAUUUGGCUCCUGCACCCUGCAGGCGUUGGACCUGGUUGAUCAGCGAGCUGUAACACGUGUGUCCUCACCCAGCGGCAGAGUUGUGUUCCAGGUACUGGGAGGAUCAGGACGGCUGUACACUUGCUACACAUCGUGUCAUUACUGCCCUUGUCCAGCCUUCUCUUUCUCUGUGCUCAGGAGAAAUGAAAGUCUGCUGUGUAAGCACAUCCUGGCAGUCUACUUGUGCCAGGCCAUGGGUUUGUGCCAGCAGGAGCAGGUCUCGGAUCAGCACAUGACCCUCAUCCUCUCCGGAAAAGCCGAGAAGGAUCCGUAAAAGCUCUUCAUUCGGCGACCCAGGGUGCAAGAAGCUGAAUGAACAGAGCAGGUGGGGUGUGCGCUGCAAUCGCAAGUUCACAUGGAGAGAGCCGGGGAAGUUCCACUGCUGGGAUUUGCAUAUUUUGUGCACAAAUUGGAACCCAGAACGGUACAUAUCCUGGCUUGUGUUUGUUUUCCUGCUUCAUAAAAUUACCCAUGAAGCCAAGAGGAGUUCUCUGGAUGUUGGCGCACCAUUAGGGGAAAAAAAAAACCUACAUUAAAUAUAAAAAAAUAUAUAAUUUAAUGACAAAUAAUAAACUAAUGCUUACUGAACAUGGGAGUUUGUUUUAUCAACCCCAGAAAAAGCCAUGUACUAUUACUAAAAACAGACAAAAUGGAUAAAACAGCAAAACACCCACGAGCAUUUUCUUUGUGUGGAUCAUGUCGAUGAUGCAUGCAGAGUAGUAGUUAAGAGUUUCAGUGGCUUUAGGCUAUAAAGUGGAACAUGAACACAUUAAAUUGUACCAAAACAGUCGUGACCGAAAAGGUAUGACCAGAUACAUGGCUGUGUUGUGACACACUUCUCGGCAGAGAAAAGAUUUUCUGCUGUGACGAUGUUGGGUGGAAAAGCACUUCAGCGACUCUUCAUGAAGCUGGGAUUGUAAUAUCAGGCCAAAUUGGGCAAAAGCUAAUUCUAUCAUCACUGUUCACCGCUUUCCAGGAGCAAAGGAUCUAAACUCUGUGUUCUGUGACCCAUAAAUGUGUUCUAAAAUAUCAAACGUUUUAUCAACAUGCCAAAAUUUUAUUUUGAAUAAAAAGUUUUUUUUAGCAUUCUAUCAAAUGUUUUGUAUUGAGAUUUUCCUACCUCAGAGCGAGACAGGAUGUGAGUGAAAUGAUUUAACGGCCAAAGAAUCUGUUCACUGAGAGCACGGUCACCUCCUCUCUCAUAACAGCUUCAAAUCGUGUUAUUUUUAGCCUUUGAUAUUCUGUGCUUUUGUUCCGGGAAAUCUUAAUUCGUAUGCGUGCUACACACCCGAUGGAUUUUCAGUGGGAUCUGGAGAUUUUAAGAGACUUUAAUUAAACGGCGUUCCGGUAUUCUGUAAAAGUCGUCCGACAAACAAAUUCGAGUUUGAUGUUUUCAGUACAUUUACAGGCCUCUCUUUGAAAUCUUUGUCCGCAGGAAUGCGAGUGUUUGUUUGAGCAAAGCCCACCAGGACGCACAAGCCUUUGCACAUUUUUAGCUGCAGUUAUGCAAGUCCCCGGCGCCGCUGUCAGCAGGUAGUCGAACGGCACUAUGGGU